AUGGGCGGUCCCGCGGACGGGCUAGGGCUCGGCGCGGAGGUCAACGGGGGCGCGGAGUCCGUCGCGGACCUCCUCGCGCUUCCCCCCGACGCCGUUCCGCGUAGCGACCUUUUCUUCCGCCUUGCGCGCGCGCAUUUCCGCGCAGCUGUAUCCGCCUCCGCGGGUGGCCCUGCCAACCCCACGGACACCGCAAGCUCCCCCGCGGGUGGCGCAAAUGACGCCGCGGGAGGCGGGGAUGUUAACGACAAUAGUAGCGACGAGGCGCUUGCUUUAGACGUCGUCCGAAACGCGAUUCAGCCUUCAGAGCGACCCGACCACGUUCCGUCUCUUAUUCUCGCGUCCGUGAUUUGCGCGCGCCGUGACACGUGGAGUGAGGAGGGCGUGCGCUACGGCGAACGCGCCGUCGAGCUCGCCGCCAGCAGCGGCCCGCAGCGCGCUAAGGCGCUCCACGCGCUGGGAGUUAAUCUCUUGCUGCACUCUCGCAGCCAUGAUAUUUCCGCGGCUCGGCGUGAGCUGAGUCUAAAGCGCGCCGUCGAGUCGCUAACCCAGGCGUCAGAAGAAUAUGUCACCUCAGCAGCUAUCAUGGUGGAUCUCGCGCUCGCAUUGGCCGAGCAGCGCCACGUUAGCGAGGCUCUGAAGCCCCUCUCCCCCGCCCUCCUCACUCUUACAUCCCCAAUCUCGCACUUGUCAGGCAUGCUAGAAGAGGCGAGAGGCUGCCCUGAGGAGGCCCUGGCCUGCUAUUGCAUUGCACUGGCCAUCGACCAGCCCCUCUCCCCCGCCCUCCUCACUCUUACAUCCCCAAUCUCGCACUUGUCAGGCAUGCUAGAGGCGAGAGGCUGCCCUGAGGAGGCCCUGGCCUGCUACUGCAGUGCCCUUGCCAUCAAAUGGUCGUUCGACUGCUCCCUCCCCACUCUCACAUCCUCGCUCUCACACCCUCACUCUCACAUAAUCAUUCACAUCCCCACUCUCCCGUCCUCUCUCCCGCUCACUCCCCCAGGCAUGUUAGAAGAAGUGAGGGGCUGCCCCGAGGAGGCCCUGGCCUGCUACCGCAGUGCCCUGGCCAUCGACCAAUGGCACGCUGCCAGCAAGGCACGGCUGGGAGCCCUGCUGCUGCAGAUGGGCGGGGAGUGGCUGCACAUGGCGCAGGUGUACCUGAGGGAGGUGGUAUCUGGUGAUGGGUUUGAUGCACGUGCGUGGCAUGUGCUGGGAUUGGUGGAGAGAGGGAGAGGGGAUGUGGGUGCUGCUGCAGAGUGUUUCAGGCGAGCUAUGGAGGCAGAGGAAACGGCUCCUGCUGUGCCGUUUAAUACGCUUAGACCGAUCCUGCCGCAACUGCUGCUCCGCCGCCUUCUCCGCGCGGCGCGCUUCAGUCUCCCCCCGCGCGCAAUAUUCCGCCGACGCCGCCACGCGCAGCACCGGCGCGCAUGCGCCUUCGUCCGCCACGGAUUCCCGGGAGUCCGCGGAAGCAUCCGCGCGGGAAGCCGCCGCGCUAGAGGCCGCGGCGGCACGCGUAAUAAUCUCUCGAGCCGCGAAGAAUACGAUCGGCUGAUGACGGAGGCUAAGAACAAAGGGCGACUCGCCGUAGUAGAGGUUACUAUGUCUACCCUCCCAAAUACCGACCGGAUUUACGGCACCCUCGUGGAAACUGCGCGGCUGUUUCCGAACGCGAUGUUCCUGCGCAUUUUCGCGGACAAAGGCGCGGAGCUGCGCGGAUUGGCGCAGAGCAUGCAGUGCGCGCGCGUGCCGUCGUACGUGCUUUUCCGCGAGGGGCAGCGCGUGCACGAGGACGCGGGGAUGGACGCGGAGCGGCUGCGCGCCGAGCUGCUGUACUACUCCGCGGAAGGGCCCGUGCUGGAGGUGCACUCCGCGGAAGAGUACCGCGCGCUCAUUGAGUCACGACAUGCUGGUGGUGAUCGAGGCAACGCUCACCUUCUGCGGUCCGUGUGUGCGCAUCCACCAGACCGUGCUCAACCUCUCCCCACCUUGCCCCUUCCCUGCCUUAUCCCCUUCCCACAGACGCACAAGGACACGGACAUGCUGGUGGUGAUCGAGGCAACGCUCACCUUCUGCGGUCCCUGCGUGCGCAUCCACCAGACCGUGCUCAACCUCUCCCACCGCAUGGCCGGCCACGCCGUCUUUGCGCGCUUCUUUGGGGACUCAGCAGAGUGCACGAGGGAUUUGAUCCGCGAGCUGGGGGUGGUGGAGGCACCCACCUUCCUGUUCUACAGGAGAGGGGAGCUGCUGGGGCGCUAUGUGGGGUCGGGCAGGGGGGACUUGAAAGUAGCUUUGGCGGUGGCUUGGUGCGCGGUGUUUCGUGUCUUAGCUGUCUUUGCCCGCUUCUUUGGGGACUCAGCGGACUGCACCAAGGAUCUGAUCCGCGAGCUGGGGGUGGUGGAGGCGCCCACCUUCCUGUUCUACAGGAGAGGGGAGCUGCUGGGGCGCUAUGUGGGGUCGGGCAGGGGGGACUUGGUGGGGGAGAUUCUGAAGCACCAAGGGGUGCCCAGGGGGAAGGGGUCGGGUAGGGGCGAUGUGGUGGGGGAGAUUCUCAAGCACCAGGGGGUGGCGUGGCGCUCGUGCUUCUCCUAUGGCUAUUCCUUCGUAGCGCGCCACGUGGAUGCACAACGCGCUCUCGCAAUGGCAAACGAGAGCGAGGGAACGGCUGCUAGUGAGGCGGAGAGCACGGUCACCGUCAUUGGUCCAGGUGGCAGGUCGUUAUCUGACGCGAAGAUCACGCACGUCAUCUUCGACCUGGACGGCACGCUGAUCGACACUGAGAGUGCGGUGACGGAGGUGGCAAGGAUACUGGUGGAGCGGUACGGCAAGGUGUGGACUGGCGAGGGCGCCGAGGAUCGUAUCGGCAAGCGGCCAAUCGAUGGCGCUCGUGCCACGGUGCAGCGAUAUGGACUGCCUUGUACCCCGGAGGAGUUGCUAGCGCAAAGCCACGUGCUGGUGGAAGAGAGGUGGAGCCAAGCCAAGCCCCUCCCGGGCGCCCACCGCCUGAUGCAGCACCUGCAAGCGUGCGGCAUUCCCAUGGCUGUUGCCUCUAGCUCCCCCCGGCGCAACGUCAACAUCAAGCUCUCCUUCCACUCUGGAUGGACGGACAUGCUGCAAGUGCUGGUGGGAGGGGAUGAGGUGGAGCAUGGCAAGCCGCGCCCUGACAUAUUCCUACGGGCAGCUGAGCUGAUGGGCGCCUCUCCCUCCAACUGCCUCGUUGUGGAAGAUUCCCCAGCAGGGGUUGAAGCAGCUGUUGCUGCAGGCAUGUGGGUGCUUGCAGUGCCCUCCCUGCCAAAUAAGGCCGCCCGGCCACUCUACUCCGCCGCCCACCAGCUGCUGCCCUCUCUACUUGACUUCCAACCGCAGAACUGGGGCCUCCCUCCCUUUUCCGACUGGCUGCACCGCUCUCUGCCCAUCACGCCCUGGUACAUCAAAGGCCCAGUUAUCAAGGGAUUUGGGCGCGGCUCAAAGGUCCUGGGCAUUCCCACAGCCAACCUCCCAGCCUCAUCAUUCACAGGGCAUCUAGCAGAGCACGUGUGUGGCAUCUACCACGGGUGGGCAGGGCUGAAGGGCAGGGGCGUGUUUAAGAUGGUGAUGAGCGUGGGGUGGAAUCCCUUCUUUAACAACACACAUAAAACUGUGGAGCCAUGGCUGCUGCAUGAUUUCGGGGAGGACUUUUACGAUGAGGAGCUCAGGCUGGUGGUGGUUGGAUACAUUCGCGCUGAGGCUGACUUCCCCUCGCUCCCCGCGCUCAUCGCUCGCAUCCACGAGGACGGGGACAUCGCUCGCGCUGCUCUUGACUCACCCCCCUUUGCCUUGUUCAAAGAAGAUCCUUUUCUGACAGAAGGCUAA